CGCGCGCUCCCCGCUCGCCGGCCGCUCGCGCAGCGCUCGGCUCGCGCUAUAUAAAGGGGCGAGGCGGCAGCGCGGCGGCUGCAGCCCCGGGGCCGCGAGCGAGCCCGGCACAGGCCGCGGGGCCGCCCCUCAGCCGGGGCGGGACGCGCGGGCGCUGGGGGGACGCAGCCGGGCAGGUUUAUUGUUUUAGGGGCGACUCCCCCCCCGCGGUUGGGGGCGUCCCGGGGGGCUCGGGACAUGGCGAGCUCGACUAACACAAACCCCGUGCCUAAAUUGUACAGGUCUGUUAUUGAAGAUGUCAUCAAUGAUGUCAGAGAAGUUUUUCUGGAUGAAGGAGUGGAUGAACAGGUUCUAAUGGAACUCAAAACUCUAUGGGAGAACAAGCUGAUGCAGUCCAAGGCUGUAGAUGGCUUCCAUUCAGAAGAGCAGCAGCUUUUACUGCAGGUGCAACAGCAGCAACAGCAGCAGCAGCAACAGCAGCAUCAUCACCACCACCAUCACACACAACCUCAGCCACAGCAAACUGUGCAGCAGCAGUCUCAACCACAACAGGUCCUUAUUCCAGCGUCUCAGCAAGCACCUCAGCAGCAGGUUAUUGUGCCAGAUUCCAAGCUGAUACCACACAUGAAUGCAUCAGGCAUGAGUGCUGCAGCUACUGCAGCUACAUUGGCUCUCCCUGCUGGUGUUACUCCAGUUCAGCAGAUACUUACAAAUUCAGGUCAGAUCCUCCAAGUAGUUAGAACUGCAAAUGGAGCUCAGUAUAUAAUUCAGCCACAGCAGCCAGUUGUUCUACAGCAGCAGGUCAUACCGCAAAUGCAGCCUGGGGGAGUACAAGCACCUGUUAUUCAGCAGGUCUUGGCUCCUCUCCCUGGAGGGAUUUCCCAGCAGACAGGAGUGAUUAUUCAGCCUCAGCAGAUCCUGUUUACAGGAAAUAAAACACAAGUCAUACCUACAACAGUGGCUGCUCCUACACCAGCUCAAGCACAGAUACCUGCAGCUGGUCAGCAGCAACCACAGCAACAACAGGCACAACCACAAGCACCACUUGUUCUCCAAGUUGAUGGAGCAGGGGACACAUCAUCUGAAGAAGAAGAAGAUGAGGAAGAAGACUAUGACGAUGAUGAAGAGGAAGACAAAGAAAAAGAUGGAGGUGAAGAUGGCCAAGUUGAAGAGGAACCUCUGAACAGUGAAGAUGAUGUGAGUGAUGAGGAUGGACAAGAACUGUUUGAUACAGAAAAUGUUGUUGUGUGCCAGUAUGAUAAGAUUCACAGAAGUAAAAACAAAUGGAAAUUUCAUCUCAAAGAUGGCAUCAUGAAUCUUAAUGGAAGAGAUUAUGUAUUUUCCAAAGCCAUUGGGGAUGCAGAAUGGUGAAGUUUUAAAAGACAAAACAAAAGAACUCCCUGUAAAAGGAAAAAAAAUCAAAAGCAGAAAAGGCUGAGACUUGGAUGUAUACUCCAAUCAAAAUGUGUGUCUGCACAUCAGAAAUAAACAAAAGUAUUGGAACAAAGGUAAAAUGUGGCAACAAAGACACUACUUCAGAUGAGCAAGCCAUGGACUGUAGCAGCUAUAGCAUUGUCUGGGAGCUGGUUUUGUGUGUUAGGAAUACCUUAAUUAUCAAUUCUACAUACAGGUACCUACAGCUGGUAUUUAGCAUGUAAGGCUUUGUCCCCCUCCCCCUUGAUUUAAGAUUUUAAAAUACUUCUUCCACUGAUUGAAGGAACUAUUCCCUUUAAUAGAUUAUUAAUCUGAAAAUGCUUAUUGUGUGUACAAAUCUUUGCUUUGAACACUUCCUUUUGGUAGUGAGGAUGGUCAGAAUGUUACUUAAACUGCGUGCAAGCUUUGUACAGAAGGGUAAGACUUAAGGUGUUAAAUUUUAAAUAACUUGUAUAAGGAAAAUAUUUUUAAUUCUGAUAUGCUCAUUAAUUAUUAUAUCUAUUUGUUGUUUUCAAUGCAGUUCCCCAUAAACAAGUUGUUGUUCCUAGCAGUUACAAAAGGGUAAAAGGAUCACUUAUAUUUCAAAAUUAUUUUAAUUUCAUGUGAUAGAUUUUUAGGGCUGCAUUUUUCUAAGUCUAAGCACCUGUAGCUCCUCCCCUAUGAAAGAUUGCUUAACUUGUUAAUUAUAUUCCUGCUAUUUGGUGGUGGUUCAGAAUCACUGAACUAAAAUGACAGUUUCCAGUGAUUUUUUUUCUUUUUUUUUUUUUUUAGAAAGGGUUUGGAGACCUUUUGAAUCAAGUGUGUAGGUAAUGCCAUAAUAGAUGGAUUCCUUUAUCAGCUUACUAUGUGUGUAGUCCAGACAUCCACAAAUAAUUCAAAAGACCACAGAAAUGGCUAAAUUUUUGAUACAGAAAGUUAUAUAAAAAUUUUAACAUCCUGACUGCAACUCUUAAUCAAGGAUCUACUUUACUAAAAAGUAUAGCCCAAACUUACCUGCCGCAGUUAAUCUCCCUAAAGUUUCCAGAUGGCAUGUAAUUUCAUGAAGAGAGCUGCACAGCUUUGAGAACACAAAUUUUGUUAGAGUAUCUUUAGACUGUCUUGGUAACAGAAAAUCAAGCAGUCGGAUGCACUAAACCUUGUGUAGUCACUUUUUCACUUGCCUUUUUUAUUAUUGUUUGUUUGGUUGGUUGUCUUGAGUUUGGGUUGGUUUUUUUUGUUUUGUUUUGUUUCAUUUGUGAAAAGCAAUGAAGUUGUUCCCCCCUCCUUCCCUUCCUCUCCUCAGAAGGUGAACAACUUGUCUUUGUGCAUAGGUCGUUCUUGCAAACCCUGCUUUCGGAAAUGUGGUUACUUUUGAAAAAGGAGAGGGAAUGGGCAUUAUACUUCAGAAACUCACCAUUUCAAAAACAAUUUUGUGUUUCAUUGGGUGCUUGGAAAGAUAAUGAAAAAAGGACAUAGCAAAGAUAAUUUUCACUAAAUUAGAGAAGACUGAGAAGCAGAAAUGAUUUCUGCUUCUUGCUUGAGAACGAAACUUCUCAAUCAUUUAACAAAGUCACAAGUGUAUUUUAGCAGUAUGUAACAACUGCUCUAACUUUAUUCUCUCUGAUUUACUUGCCUCCAAGUGCAUUUAUAGUCUCAGUAGUACACAGAUAAUAAUGGCCAGUCUUCGCGAGCGAAGAUCCGGGGAAGGUCUUUACACCUUCCAGCCUGCGCAUUGGAUUUUUUAGGUGAGACACAGUG